UCAAAAUGGCCUCUAUCCACAGCGUAACAAACGGUGACACUGGAAAGUAUGUUGAUAUUGACGGUCAUAGAGUGAGGAAAUACGAUCUAAGGCUUUCGAGGAUUCCACAACUCGACUACAAUGACCCUCGAGUGGAAUCAAUAAUCGCAAAUGAGGAACCAGUGCUUCUAAAAAAUUCAGAUAUCGUAGGAACAGCUCUUAAAUGGGACUUGAACUAUCUUAAAGAGAACCUUGGUCAAGGAUCUUUCACUGUUUAUUCUUCUAAAACACACAAGUUCAUGUACUGCGAUGACAAACGAACCAAAGAUUGGCCCAACUUUGUUCCACCAACUCAGAGAACUGACAUGAAAUUUGAAAGCUUUUGUACAAGGAUUUCCAACUUCAAACCAUCAGAUACGCGUUUGUACUUGCAACAGAUGCUUAAUGAUUCAGUGGGAAAAAAUAUUGUGAGAGACUUCCUGGGCUUUAAGUGGAGCUGGCUCACAAACAUUCAAAAGAAAAUGAAGUGGGGAUCACUUACUUCUAAUCUUCUUCUUAUCGGCUUGCCUGGUAAUAUUACACCUGUUCAUUAUGAUGAACAACAGAACUUCUUUUGUCAAGUGACAGGAUACAAGAGAGUUAUUCUAUUUCAUCCAGACCAAUUUCAGUGUCUGUAUCCAUUUCCUUUGUAUCAUCCCUGUGACAGGCAAAGCCAGGUUGAUUUUGACAAUCCAGAUCACAAGAGAUUUCCAAAGUUUAGAUAUGCAAAAGCUUUUGAAGUCAUAGUUGGUCCUGGAGAUGUUCUUUACAUACCAAUGUAUUGGUGGCACCAUGUGGAAUCAACAAUAAAUGGAGGGAUCACCACAUCUGUCAACUUUUGGUACAAGGCUGGCCCAACUCCAAGCCAGAUCAAUUAUCCACUAUCACCACAACAGAAAGUUGCUGUGAUGAGAAACAUUGAGAGAAUGCUGGGAGAAGCUUUAGGAGAUCAUAAUCAGAUUGGUCCACUUUUGAAUUGCAUCAUAAAUGGACGUUAUACGGAAACAAAUGAAGAUGUAGAGGAGAAUUAUACAGAGACCAGCACUUGAUAAAUCACUCUUUCUCCAUGAAAAUCAAACUUUAGACAUGCAGGUUAGACGUAGCCAUAUAUGAAGCCAGAUUUUCAAGUUAAAGUUCCCUCCUAUUCCUAAAUGACUGACACAUGAUGAGCUUUGGUGAUUAAAUUAAUACUAGAAAUGUAUUUACCGUUGUUUGCCUUUUGAUCAAGUGUACAUGAUAGAGUAGACUGAAAUUGUCCUUGUAUAUUUUUAUCGUCAAUGCAGAAAAUAACAAACUGUAAAACCAUUUAGAUGGUUACAGUAAACUUUCAUGAAGUGAAAGAUAUCUCUCGUUAGAGCGCUUUUCGAUUGAGUGUGAUAAACCAAAACCAAACUAAUCACAAUCGCCAAUCGUAAGAUAGGAAAAUAGAUUUGAGAGUCGGUGAGUUCGCAAAGUAAAAAUAACUAAACUGCCUAAAGCGCGGGAAAACGCGGCUGAGCAGGUCGGAAUUAGUUUGAGUUUUUAUCUGAUUGGUUGGGAGAGGGGCGCGAGUUUUUCUGGACCAAUCACAGAUCGAAGUAAAGCAAAAACGAGGCAAUCCCGGAUGACUUUCGACACUCAGUUGAAAAUUGCUAUAUUUAAUUAAUUUAAGGGAUUGAGGUUUCGUUUGCUUAUGAUCAGGAAAUCAGUAAGCAAACAUCCUUGCCUUUUGAAAUGUGUCUAAGACAAUUAGAUUACUUAAAAAAAGUGUUGUUUUACAACUAAAAAAGAAAUAUAUAGAAAAUUAGAUUAAGGAAUAAUAAGAUUAUGAUUGCAUUAUAUUAAAAUAUCGUUAUGGAUACAUGACAUAACGGCUGUUUAUGUCUGCCGCAUGUGAUGUGAAAUCUUUUAGAGAAAUGUAAGACUAUGAAUUCGUUACUGCUAGAAAAUAGUGAUAGGAAGUAGAAAUAGCUCAAGGCGAAUUUAGCACCAUCAAAUGGAAUUGUCAGGAAGUGAUCGUCUUUAAUUUGUCGAUAUUUGUUGCUCUUCAGGGAUUACCCAUAGUGAUAGUGAAACGUGUCGCUGUAAUGCCUGUGGACGAUUCUUUUAAUUAAGUAUACUUGGUAAUAAAGUAUAUAUGUCGAUUCGAA